UAUCUUCUUUUCCGUACAUGUGUUGAAGUUUAAAAUGCGCUGUAUCCAUUUGUGAUCAAAAAAUUUUUUCACGGUAGCAGAUGUUAAGAAAAUGCUUGUUUAAGUGUUUCUUGAAAUUACCACGUAUAGUUUAGAAGGGAACUCAGAGUUUUGUGUAUAUUAAUCGUCAUGUUGCAUAUGCCAUUUAGAUUGUGUUUGAGAUCAAAAUGUGCUUUAGCCACAUUUUGUCAAAAACUGUUUUAUAGAAGUAGACCAAAUGCAUCUAACAUUACUCCAAAAUUUAAUUUACCUAAAAAGUCUAUAAAAGUUCCUAAGCACCGAAAAAUCCCUUUAUUCGAAUCUCAUUCUCUGGAACUAGCACCGAAGUUAUCUAAGAGGCCUGCACAGAAUUUUGAUUAUUUUCUUGUUAUUGAUUUUGAAGCAACUUGUGAUUCUCCUAGUAAUUUAGCUCCACAGGAAAUAAUAGAGUUUCCUGCCCUUAAAGUUUCCGGUAAAACUUUUGAAGUUGAAUCCACUUUUCAUUCUUAUGUUAGGCCAGUAAUAAAUCCACAACUCACGUCUUUCUGCACUGAGUUAACAGGCAUAAUUCAAGGAAUGCUAGAUUCUCAGCCUGUUUUCAAAGAUGUUUUUAAGAAUUUUUUGAUAUGGCUAGAAAAAGAAAAUCUGCUAGAGCCAGGAGUAAAAUUUGCAUUUGCCACUUCUGGUGAUCCUGAUUUGGAUUAUCUUUUGCCUGUUCAAUGCGAGCUGUCAAGGAUUGAUGUUCCUGAAUUUAUGAAACAAUGGAUAAAUGUGAAAAGAAGCUUUUGUGAAGUCAGUCCUUAUACAUGGCCAGAUAACUUAACUGCUAUGGUCAAGCUUUGUGGUUUAGAACAUGUUGGAGAAUUACAUUCUGGUCUUGAUGAUGCCAUGAAUAUUGCUCGUGUAAUGGCCAACUUGGCAGAUCGAGGAGUUGUGUUCAAUAACAACGGGUUUGUAAAGAAAACACCCGAAGAAUAAUUAUCUAUUUUGUAUGUCUUGUAGAAGUAUUCUUUCCAAAGUUAUAUGUACUUGUAAAAUAAAGUAUUUAUGUACAUUUUA